CGACGUGAACAACACAACCCGCGAAUAAUGAACAAGUUUCAAAUUAAUGCGCCCGGCAAAGUAAUUCUCCACGGUGAGCAUGCAGUUGUCUAUAAAAAACCAGCUAUUGCCGCCGCUGUUGGGCUAUCGACAAAAUUACAAUUCUAUCCACAACCUGAAAGCCAUGUUGCCGUUUUUAUUUUAGAUUCGUUAAAUUGUACUUAUGAAAUUCAAUUGCAGCAGUUCAAUGAAUUUGUUAGAGAUUUUCGAGUGAAGUACCCCGAAAGUAAACUAGAGUGUACCGCUAAAUUGCUUGAGGAUGUGCGCGUUGUUAUUGCAAAGCAGUUUGAGAGUGGAACCACCAAUUCCCCAAAACAUCUGCAAUCGCAAAAAACAUUCCUAUCCAUAUAUUUUCUAUUAGCCGGAACAGUACUAGCCGCACCGGAUACGGAACUAACUUUAAAAACUGGUUUUAAAGUCCACAUCGAUUCUGAAAUAAAUAUAGGAUCUGGUUUAGGUAGUUCUGCUGCCUUUGGUGCUACAUUAGCUGCGGCCUUUUUAAUUAUAACUGGACAUUUCGAUGAGAAAACAUACACGAAAUUAGAAAAUAAAGCUCUUAUCUCUCAGUGGGCAUUCGAAUUGGAGCGGAUUAUGCAUGGUACACCAUCCGGAGUUGACAAUACGGUUGUUACCUACGGCGGAAUGCUAAGAUUUGUUAAAGGUCAAGGUUUUCAAACUAUUAAAAUUCAGAAGCCUCUUAAUAUAAUGUUGGUAGACAGUCGGGUAAAUCGAAACUCUGCAGAUAAUAUUGCCAAGGUGCGCCAUCUAUGGGAAACAUUUCCAAAAGUCGUCGAUUCUAUUUGGAAUACUUGCGAAGAGAUAGUUGCCGAUGCUAUACCCUUAUAUGAAAAUUUUGGUAAUGCAAAGGAUGAUAGCGAAAGGUUUGAAAAACUCGAACGAUUGUUCCAAAUAAAUAAUGAACUUCUUAAAGCUGUUGGUGUCACCCAUCCUAAAUUGGAGCAAAUAUUCGCCAUUGCCUUUAAACGUGGUUUCUUCAGCAAAAUAACUGGUGCUGGGGGAGGAGGUUACGCCAUAGUCCUUUUACCCGAAAAUUAUGAAAGUAAUCAGGUUUAUUGGAAAUUGAAGGAGGAAUUGGAGUCGGCGGGAUUUGGAGUGCAAGCUACCACAGCUGGAGGCGAAGGCUUACGUAUAAAGACUUUGGAAGACUAACUAUGUAUAUUUCGUAUAAAAAUAUUUUUUGUGAGACCUGUAGGGGAACAACAAAUUUAUUCACUUACAACUGUUACGCCUAAUUUAAUAUCAAAGUUUUUUCCCUACUUAUCAUUAGAAUCAAGAAAAUAUUGUUUAUAUUUAAAACUUAUUCUGAAUUUUAACCACGAUUUUAUCUCUUUUGCACAAAACAUUGUUUUUAUUAAUUUGCAUGAAAUAAAGUUAUAUAAAAGA